CUCGAACAUUGAAGUUCACUCUUCUCCUGUUCAAAAUUUCUCGACUGAACAUUCACCAUGGAUUCUUCAAGCUUAUUCAAUGUCAAGGGCAAAGUCGUCCUCGUAACAGGAGGAGCAAAAGGCAUUGGCCGCAUGAUCUCAGAAGGCUUCGUGCAAAACGGAGCAAAAGUCUACAUCUCCUCCCGAGACACUAAAGCCUGCGAGCAAGCCUGCAAAGAAAUGAACGCCUUGGGGAAAGGCUCUGCCCACGCCAUCCCCGCCGACUUCUACAAACUCGAAGACUGCAAGCGUCUCGCCGAAGAACUCAAAAAGAGAGAGCCGAAGCUCCACGUUCUAGUCAACAACUCCGGCUCCAACUGGGGCGCGCCUUUCGACGAGUUUCCCGACUCCGCAUGGACGCGAGUCCUGACUCUCAACCUAACCCGCGUCUUCACCAUCACCCAAGCCGUUACGCCUCUCCUCGAAGCCGCCGCCACCAAAGACGACCCCGCACGCAUCAUAAACAUCGGGUCCGUCGAUGGCCUGCGUGUUCCGAGUCUGGAGACAUUUUCAUAUAGUGCGUCGAAGGCGGGAUUACAUCAGUUGAGCAGAGUGCUUGCGAAUCAUUUGGGCAAGAGAAAUAUAACAAGUAACGCGCUGGCGUGUGGGCCGUUUGAGAGUAAGAUGAUGGCUGCUACGUUGAAGACUUUUGGGGAGACAAUUGUUGCGGGUAUUCCAUUAGGGAGGAUUGGGAGUCCGGAAGAUGUGGCUGGAGCUUGCUUGUUUCUGAGUAGUAGAGCCGGGGCGUUUGUCAAUGGGGCUACUAUUGCGUUGGAUGGGGGGAGUUUGGUGGGGUCGAAGUUGUAGGUUUGAAAUAGGGGAAAAGGCUCGGUUGGGCUGGGAGGUCGGUUGUGUGAAAUGUGAAAAUAUAAGGAAUAAAGUCGGCGUAAUGAAAUCGAUUGAUUAGAAAGAAAGACCUGAGAGGAAAUGUUUUCCCUUCAUUCCUUUCUCCCAGAACUGUUUCAAACUUGUGGGUGGUGUUCAUAGCAUUUGCCCUCUGUAUCCUGAGUGCGAUACACCACUUGGCACUUGCUCAAAUAAACAUCAUUGUACCAAAAUACUUUCAAAC